UGCGAUCGUGCUGCGUACGAUGACAUUUUUAUUAUUUUAAUCGGACGAACGAUGUCAAAGAGUUUUAAUUUCAAAAAUUCGAGGUGUGAUUACCGACUGAUCCAUCAUCUUAAGGAGAAUCUCUGAAUUCUGUGAAUUCAUAAUAAGAUAAGAAAAAAAAAAUGAUUUCCAAGCGAGAUCAAAAUUAUGUGAAUCUGCGCACUUGCAGACGAAUCGAACGAACGUGCUUUAUCGAUCCCAGCAUUUUCCAGGUACAUAAAGGAUUUAAUAAACUGAAGGAGUAGAAUCACACAUUUCAACUGCUUAGUCUUACGAGAUCGCAAUUAUGUUUACGUAUUGCGAUACAUUUUUUGAAUAAAGUAACAAUGCUCGUAGCCUUUGACACGUGCCGUACUGACCGUACGUCGAAUGAAAGUAUAUUACGCACCUAUAGGGAAGGAAAGUAGGCUACUUCAAACUGCAGGCAGAAUUGUCGUGGGCAGAAGCGUGGCAGAAGCACGCGGUUUAGACUAAUUUCACUGUAGUAAACUACGUUUACUACACGGUGCUUUUAUUCCGGUUUUGUAUACAAACGGGUAUAUUUAUAUACAUAUCAAUGGAUGUGUAUUUUGUAUAUCUAUAUUAAUAUAACUAAACCAGAUUAAGCGAGCGCCGUGUAAACGUAUAGUCUCCCGCUUUUUGCCAGCAAUUUAAGAGUAUGGAUCAGUCGACUAACCUCACUUGGAAUUUUUGAAAUUGAAAUUCUCUGACACGGUUUAACCGAUUAAAAAAAGGCUCUGUCAGCCUACGCAGAACGAUGGCAAAAAUCGACUGACAGAACCUUUUUUUAAUCUGUCAAACUGUGUCAAAGAAUUUCGAUUUCGAAAUUUGCAGCUAUCUCUCUCGCACUCACGGUUGCGAUAUACUGACUGAUCCAUCCUCUUGUAACCUCGAUCGGCAAAAAGAAAUUUACUGGCUAGGUCGGUAAUUAAAUAAUUUUUUAAAUAAAGCGGUUUACAUAAAACAAAAAGUGUGUUUUGCCUUUUUUGAAAUUGAUCUAAAAGAAGAUAUAUCGGUCACAUAUGAAGUAACAUUUGAAUUUCCAAAAUGAAACGCUCGAGCGUGGGGACGAGCAAGGUAACGAUAAAAACGCGGGACCAAGUACCGACGUUCGGUUUUUUCUAGUCGAAGUAACUAUAGUUCUUGGUUUGUUCGCUAGAGCACUGAGUCCCAUACAAAUUCCAAAUCGUCGUCUAUUGUACAGUCAAUUAUUCAAUGUUCCGUCGGGCAUGUUUUAAUAGUUUAACACGCAUUUCACCAUCGGUUUCUUCGAGUUGAAUUUUCGGAAUCAGUACUUGAACAGUCAUAACACAAACGAUGGAGUCUGAAUCAAGACGCAAGGGGCCCCGAAGCCCUAGUGUCGAUUCUGAGGAUUCUUCUCCGCAUAGAAGGCGAUCUAGAAAAUAUGAUAGAUCUCCUUCACCCCGGCGAUCCAGAUAUAGAAGAUCGAGAUCUCGUGACAGAAGAUCCGGUUCCAGAGAAAGAAGAAGAAAAGAGUCCAGCCGAUCUCAGGAUUGGAAACAACAAGUUUCUCAGCCAAAUCAACCUCCGGCACCUCCUGCUAGUGCUACUCCUACCGGAUAUGCUCCUCCGGUCCAUAAUCAAUACCAGGCCCCGCUGCCACCAAACACCAGUCAACCGCCACCACCAAUUCCAGCCUACAAUCCGGCUUACAAUAAUUACACUUACCCGUACAACCAAGGAUAUGAUUACACCUAUCAACAACCGCCGCCCACUGGUUAUCGAAGCGAUUAUCCACCGCCGAACUGGUCGUCAGGACAAGUUCCAUACAACAAUCAACAAACAGCACCACCUUUACCAACUAUAACUCCACAACAUACUGGAAGAAACGUUGAAAGUAGCUCGACUGGAUUGCCUGUAGUUUCCUCGCGACCGGAAGAUGCUAAGAAAGAAGCUAUCGCAGCCGAAGCUAAACAACAAAAAGCAACGCUGGCUAAACAACGCGAGGAAUACGUCAAGAAAUCGACAAUCCUGCAACGAGAACUGGAAACUUUACGUCAACAAUGCGACGAGAUUGGAAAAGAAGGUGGACGAGAGAAUAAUCGUAUUAUCAAGGAAAAUCAAAAGUUACAGAUCGAGAUACAAAAUAAAAUGAAGACGAUUCACAAUGUUAUUGACAUGCUUACGGGCAUAAUUGGAGAUAAAGUAACCGUCGAUGAUCUGCGGAUUAAAUUUAAAUCUGAAUCCACGGUGAAACGUGUCAAAAGUCCGAAAGAAGAGUUCCCGAAAGGCAAGUCGGAAUCUCCAACAAAAUCAUCCGAUUCCGAGAAAGAGGCGAAAAUCGAUAGAGAGAGAAAAUCGUUCGAAGAUGCCAAACCUAUGUAUAAUUUCGUCCACUAUGAUCCCGAAAUGCAUUGGUGUAAAAUUUGCGAUAUCUUUCCGAAAACAGCGAAGGAAUACUUGAAUCAUCUGCACACUAACGAACACAAAACUGCUUGCUUGGAACGCAAGAUCGUAGAUAUGCCAUGGCAUGAGAGGAAUGGCGAGGAAGCUGAAAAACACGUGCCCGAGUAUCCAGGACUACCGACCAAACGAACACCGAUAAAAGGUUUACAAUUCUUCAGUGCGGCGACUUCAUGGUACUGCAAACUCUGCAACUCUUGGAUCGGCGAUCUUCAUUGCGCGAGUCUGCAUCUGAAGUCGAGAAAACACUCGGAAAAUUUUGCCCAUUUCGUAGAGCAAAAUCCUCAUUGGGAAACCGAUUGGAUGGCUGAUCGUGAGAGGGCAUUCUCGGAGGAGAGACGCAAACAGUUGCAGCUAGAACUUCAUAAACAAAAAGAUGAAGAAGCAGCAGCAGCUGCUGCAGCGGCAGCGGCAGCCGCAGCCGCAGCUGUAGCACCUCCAGCGAAGUCAAAGAAAUCGAAGAAAUGGAAAAAGAACAAGAAAAAGUCAAAGAAGCGAAAAAAUCGUAGCAGCGCGAGUGAUUCGACGAGCGAUACUGAGAACACCGAAUCAGACUCUGAUCAUGAUAUAUCGAAGAGUAUUCGCGUCGCAAUGAGAAACAAGAUGAAAGCUUCGACGCAAGCAAUAUUGAACGAGGAAAUUGAUUAUCAAGGGAUUAAAUUGAAGGGGAAUUGGGCUCAGGUGGCACAGAUUAAGACACCAGCGACUCCGGAAAUGCCACCGCCUGAAAACGAUGACAGACAGUUGUUGAAUUCGAUCAGAGAAAAGCUCAAGGCAAAACAGGAGGAAGAGAUGAAAAACAGCAAUAGCAGAAAGCAGAGUGUGGAAAAACUUGUAAUAUCCCCGCCCCCGACACCGAAAGAGGAAAUCAAAACGAAUUCCAACAAAAAAUUAGUAGAAGGUUUAGAUGCUUGGGGUCCAAAGGAACCACCGAAACCCUUCUGGAUAAAAAAAGACGAGGAAAAGUCGCAACCACCUCAACAAACGGCGGGAACAGUGAGCAAAUCUGUCGACAUACCGAAACCAGAAGAGAUGCCGAAACCACACAUGGGAUUCUGGACAAAACAGCAAGUGAAUAUGUCGGUGAAGCCUCCGGAAACAAAAACAACGAUAUCUCCGGAAAAAGAGGAAGAGCCGCGAGAGCGAGGAAGUGACCGGAGCGAUCGUUACAAGGACGAGCGAGAUCGGAAAUACGAUCGCCGCGACGAUAAGUACGAAAGAUCGGAUCGAUAUGAAAGGAGGAGAGGAGGCAGCGGAAGGGAUCGAGACCGUGAGAGAGACCGCGAUCGAGACGAUUAUUACGACGAUCGACGAAAAAGUAGAUAUUCCAACGAUUCACCGCGUCGUGAAAAAAAUUGGCGAGAGAGCCCGAAGCGAUCUUACGACAAGUAUAGCAGUAGUAAAGACAGCGGCAGACGAGAGGACAAUAAUUCGUCGAACGACGAGUCAAAAUUUGAGAAGAAGACGAACGAAUCAGCCACAAAAUUGAAGAAGGGAAAUAGCUCGCAAUCGAAAAAAACUGCUCCACCACCGACAAAGGGUAAGCUACCUUUUAUCGGACGUUUACCAUUGUUCAAGAAGAAAAAUGAAGAGCCAAAGAUUGAGAAAGCCGAUAUAGCACCGCUUCCUUAUCAACAGAGUAAAUUCGAGGACACGCCAAAAGUACCAAGCGAUAUAAUAAAUCCUCCUGGGGUUGUUCACAUUACCAAGCUCGCGACACCCGUCAAUCUCAACAACAGCAUUCCAGUCAAAGUAGUACCAGCUCCCAUCAAGAUUCUCGUAGCUCCUCCGCCUCCGACGCUCCAUAACGACGUGAAGAACUCGGUGCAAGCUCCGCUUCCGAGUCAACAAGUUGUCGAUAUGGAUAUCGAAGACCAAUCCGAGGAAACGAUCAUAGAAGAGCCGGUGAUUGAGCAGCAGAAGCAACAGCAACAGAAAAACACGGAGCCUACUCCUCCGAUUGAAUUACCAUCUUUACCGCCUCAUCCUCCCCCACCGGCUAUCAACAGACCUCCACCCCCUUUCCAAUCGCCUGUCGUUCCUCAAGCACCUCUACCUCAAAUUUUACCACAAAUUCCACCUCAAAUUCCGACGCAACCAGUUUUCACCCCGAACCGGCCUCCGCCUUUCAUCGCCACAGCUCCUCCUCCUCCAUUUGUUCCAGCAGCUACUGCUAAAUUUACAGUAAGGCCACCAACGCAUACCCAUUCUUCUUACGUGACGCCACAUGACGGUGCGGCUCUCGCAGCAGCCGCCGCUUCUUAUGCCCAGGCUCACGGUAAUCCACCACCGCCGAUUACCCCGACCGUUGAUACGACUACGGACAUUGCUGAUAUUCCCGAACCGGCAGAAAAACGACCCGAUCCCAGCAUGCCCUUGCCGGACGAUCUUCAAGAAGCUCUCAAUAUAAUAUUCCCAAAAGAGGAGACACCCGAAACGAAAACGUUGUCGAAUCAAGCCACGAUAUUGCCCGAUAACAAUCUUAUGUACGCCUCCAUGUACAGUAUCCUCGGUUGCGUUGGUUACGGCCCGGAAUACAUGGAUAUUCCACCACCCGAAAUAACACAAGCAGAUACCGAUACCGAGGCACAGCCCGGACCCGAUGAUUUACGAAUGCUCGGCAUCGACGAAGGCGACACGAUAUUUUAAUCACUUUGCAUUAUUACAUUUAGUUUUCUUUCCCAACAGUAUCUGCGGAAGGGGGGAGAGGGGGGGGGGCUGGGACCACGGAACAGAGAGUGGUUAUUGUCAGUCGGAAAAAAAAUUAUUUGAGCCUUUUUUCAAAAGUAUAUCAAAGUGUCCUUGGCUUCGUCACUGACAGAAAAGUUUGUUUGUGGAAUAUUAUACUUCUUACGCGUUACAGCGAUGAGUUUUAAUUGAUCGAACGUUAAUGAUUCAGGAAAAAGAAUGAAAGCAAAAUGUUACUCAUACGAUUGAAAUGUUACUAUUCAUUGCUCGAUGAUUUCGCCUCGCAUCGAAACACCGCGACGGACAUUCCUAACUGCUACAAUGAUUUUUUUCUUAUUCCAGUGUCAUUAACAUCUUUUAUUUUUAACAAUUGAGAACCAAGUAAAAACAUGUCCCUGGAUAAGAGUAUAAAUAAAACUACGCAAACGUCACGGAGUUUUUCGUUCUCCUAUAUUUUGUUGAAUGCUCCAACGAAAUUCAUGAAAAAUAUACUUUGAUCGCUAUGCUGUGUCUGUCAAGAUAAACAAAAACUGUUAAUUACAUACGGACAUCAAAAUCGAUAAUGGGGAUACGAAAAAUGAAAUAUCGUCUUCUUAACAGUCAUGUAUAUCAUAAACUUUAUUAAAACCGAAUGAAAAAUCGAUGA